AUGGAAAGAAUAAAUUCAUGUAAUAUUUAUUAUAAUUAGAAUAGAUUUAAAAGCUUGUGAUAUAUUUGCUCAAUCACCUUCCUUAGGAAUGAAUCAUUAAUCCGCAUAUUAAUCAUCAUUUGGUGGAUUUACAUCAAUAACAACAAUUUUUCUUGUGUUUCUCUUUUUCUCUACUAAUUUUCUGGACUAUUUGGAAGGAAAGAACAUUAUAACAAAGUAAACUUAAGUUUAUGAUAAUGAUCUUUCCAAUCUUCAACUAGAUGAUGAAGAUUUCAUAAUAGCACUUGGAAUUGAAUAAUCGAACUUUUUGUCAUAACCUUAUUUUUCAGUUACUCUUCAAUAAAGGUAAUAUCUUCGAUUUAAUAUAUCAGAGAAUACGAACGAUUAGACAAUGGAUCAAUUAAAAAAAAUAUUACAUAACUUCCACUUGAACCAUGCACACCAGAAAGAUUCCAAAAGGUAUUCCAAAAAUAUGGUAAAAACUUUUCAGAAGACUUUAAUCAUUUGAAAUUAGAGAACUUAUUAUGUCCAAAGUAAUUGUUAUGAAAUAUAUCAUAGAAUUAACAUAAGCAUGAAUAUUGGUGGUACAUUCGCAUGUAAAUAUAAUUUUUAUGUUUAGCAAACUAUUUUAAUUUUCUUAAAAUUGAUGUUGCCCCUUGCAAUUAAUCUUUAAUUUCAGAAAAUAGUACAUGCGCCUCUAAUGAUAUAUUAUAAAACCAAUUAAAUAAAACAGGAGCAUUUAAAGUAUAAGUCUAUUUAAUAAACAAAGUAUUAAAUUUUCCCAAUUUAUUUAGGUUAUUAAUCCAAAUAAAAUUGGAUCAGAUUAUAUUUCAGUAUUUUUAGAUGAUUCAAGUUAUUUAUCAUUUGUACCUAAAAAAUUAAACAAGUAUGCAAAUAUUUAUUUUCGUGAAUAUAAGUUUAAGAAUAAUUUAGACUUCUAUCCAUUUAAGUAAAAAUGAUAAUUAUCAUAGUGAUAACUAAAAGUUAAAUUUUAUAUCUAUAGAUAAUACAGAAACCAAAGAAGUAAUUGAUUUAGGAACUGAUUCUGACUCAUCAUUUGCUGCUUUUUAUUUAAGAAAAAGUCCUAUUAUAAUAUCUGUAGAAAGAAAUAAUCAAAGUGUGUCAGAUUUAUUGUCUAAAUUAGGAGGAUUGCUAUAAAUAUCUCUUAUUGUUAUGGGAUUCAUAAUAGCAGCUUAUAACAAAUAAACAAGUAUUUUAUUAAGUGUAAAUUUAGUGAUGGUAGAGCUGUCGAAUAAAAUAUAUGAAUUUAUUUUAGAUGUGGAUGAAUAAAAUAAAUAGCAUUAAUUAAAUCUUGAAUUAAUUAAUAAUGUCUACGAGGAUCGCCAAUUUAGGCAUGAAUACUAUAUAAAUAAAGAAGGAUAAUAAUAACUUAUACCAAAUAGUUAAAUCAAACAUAAAAGUAAAAUAUUUAGGCUUUUUGGCAAAGGAUAACCUGAAUAACAUAUUAUUUUAACUGAUCGACCAACUACUGAAAAUAAUAAUGAAUGUAUCAAUUAAUUUUCUUAUGAACAUGAUGAAAAGAGUAAUUAGUUUACAUAACAGGCUAUAAGGGAUCAUGGAGUUUUGGCUCAAAAAUUAAAAUGUGUAAGUGGUCUAGAUUAUUUCAAAAAAUAGAUUAAUUUAAUUUUAAAUAGAUCGUAACCAUUAAAGUUUAAUAUUUAAAUAUUUCUUAAUUAGUUGUGUUUUAAAAAAGUCUUUAAAAAUUCUCAAUCAGUUUAAUUUUAUAAUUCUGCACUGUAUUUUAUCUUAUAUAAAUUUAAGUGAUAAAAUAAAUGAGUAAUUAGAUGUAUUCAAUAUAAUGAUUAAAAUAAAUGAAAUUGAUAAAAUGAAAGAAAUAUUACUAACUAAUUCAUAACAAUUAUUAUUCAAUUUUACAUCAAAACCUAUAAUAUCUAUGGAAGAAGAAAAAGAAAUGCCAUUCAAUAGAACUAUUUUAGAGGAAAGAGCUAGAAAUACUAUGUAAAUUUUAUUUAUAAAUAGAAAUGAGACAUUAUGUGAUGAAAAAAAUAAGAAAUUAAAACCAAAAAAGAUUUAUAAGUAAUUUAAGCGAACAGUUAGUUUAGAUAGAGAUAUGAGAAUUUAUAAUAGAAUUUACAGAGUAAGAUCAUCCUAAUUUUAGGCUUAUGACACAAUUCUUCAAUAGAGUUCAGAAUAGAACCCUUAACAUGAUAUCAAUAAAAAACUAAUAAAAAAACUUGGAGAUGAAAUACAAGCAAUUUUUAAAUUAUCUAAAUUACUUGAUUUUGAUGGAUUAAGGAGACUUCGUGCAAAUUCGAAUAAUGAUGUAUUCUGUCGAAAUACAUAAAAUUUACCAGAAGAAUUGUUAAGUAAAUGAUUGAUCUUUUUAUUUAAAAUAUAAUUAAUGCAAACUUUAAAGUGGGGUAUAAUUUAUUCAAUUACUCAGGCCUCUAGAGAGUGGAUGUUUUUGGUUAAAUAGUGUUUCUACGUAUGAAUAAAUAAGCUUAUUAUCGUACUAAAAUUGGUGGAGGUUUCUCUAUUGCUGUGCUUUUUAUUAUGAUUUAUUUUUACUCUUAAAGUCUUUCAUCCUUUUUUUUAAAAGAAUACUUGAAAGUUGUUUCAUCAAAUUAGUAUGAAGACUAAAUUCAACAAAUAAAAAUUGAUGAUUCUGAAUUCAUGAUUGCAUUUAAGAUAGAGUAACAUAACUUUACUAUGUCACCUUAUUUCAAUUUAACACUAGAAUAAAAGUAGUUUUUUUUCAUUAUUUAAGGCAAUAUCGAAGAAAUCAAAAUGGAUCAUAAAUCAAGAACUCUAUCAAUUUUCCAUUGAUUCCUUGUACUUUAGAUAGGUUUUAGAAUACUUUCUCAAAAUAUCAAAUAGACUUUAAAGAACAAUUCAAUUCUCUUGGAUUAGAUGAUUUUCUUUGUCCAUAGUAUAAAUAUAUUCAUAAAGUAGAUAAAACUCCUCUUUCUUUAUGGGAGGAACUUACACAAGUUUAUUUUUAUUUUAAUUUAGGUAGUGAUUUUUAGUUUUUAACAUUGUAAAUAAGUAAAUGUGAAAAUAAUGAAAAAAUAAAUUGUGCAUCACAACAAAAAAUAGAUGAAUAUUUAAAAAGCAUGGGAUCUUUUAAAAUCUCAAUUUAUACGAUUAAUCAAGUAAUUGAUUAUUAUUAUUUUAGAUCAUUAAUCCAUAUAAAUAAGAAUAUAGAUCUGUAUUUUUAGAUGAUUAAAUUUAUUUUACAUUUGUUCCAAAUUAAAUAAAUAGAAAAGCUAACAUUUAUUUCAAGAAAUAUGAAUUUCUAAAUGAUUAGAGUCUUAUGCCAUUUAAGUGAAAUUAUAUUAAUUGUCUUAGUGACAUUGAAGAAGAUACUGUCUUUCAAAUAGACCUAACUGAUAUUAAAGAAAUGUCAGAUAUUGGAACUUCAACUGAUUAGUUAUUCGCUACAUUCAAUUUUUAACUUAAUCCAUUUAAAACAAAGUUUGUUCGAAAUUAUCAAAAAAUUGACGAAUUACUCUCAAAUCUGGGGGGUAUCCAAUAAGCUUUUUUCUUUUUUAUUGGUUUAAUAAUAGGCCUAUACAACAGGAUCUAAUGUAAUUAAAUAUAUAAAAAAAAGUUCUGAUAGAGUUAGCGAAUAAAUUGUUUGAGUUUUAAAUAGAUUCAACACUGUAAAAUAGAUAACAUUAAGAAAAUUUAGAAUUAAUUGAUGAAUUUAUUUAACAUAGAGAAGAUCAUAUUCAUGGGAAUUCUAAUGAGAAUAUAGAUGAAUUAGAAAACUAAUAAAUGGAAGAUAAAUUAUCGCCUAAUAUUUCUUAAAGGUAUAAUCUAUUAAAUCUAUUUGUAAAUACUGGUGGAACUUAAACAAAAAAUACAAAUUAUUCAAAAACAUGUAAAGAAACAAAAAGGUAAUAAUAUAAGAUGGCUGAAAAAUUAAAAUUAAUAAGUGGUUUAGAUUAUUUUUAAAAACAAAUAAUUAAAAUUAUCGAAAGACAGAAACCUAUCCAUUUAGAUUUUUUAAUAUUUUGUAAUUAUAUCAGUUGUGGAAGAUUAUUUAAGAAUAAUCCUAGAGUUAUACUUAUGAAUAAAGCUUUGUAUUUCUAAAAUAUAAUUUUAAGUGAAAACAUUUAAGUUUAAUUGGAUGUUCAUCAUAUUCUCUUAAAAUUAAAUGAACUAGACAAACUAAAGGAAAUAGUUUUAAAUUAUAAAUAGCUCCUAAUGUUUAAUUUUACUCCUAAGCCAUAAAUAAGUAUAGAAAACAAUGCAGCACAACCUUCAAGGCAGUUAAUUGAAGAAAUAGUUAAAGGGCCAGGAAUAAUAGAAAAGUAUCUUUAUAUUAAAAGUUAUAGUGACAAUUUCAUGUAACCUAGCUUAUAAGGAGAUUAUUUAAUAUAUUCUAAAAUUUUUAAUGUAAAAUAAAAUUUUAGUUUAGGCUUAUGAUGACAUUCUUCAAUAGAUUGAUACAGUAUAUGCAAAUAAAGCCCUUAUAUAAAAAUUAGGACCUGAAUUAUAAAUCGUAUUCAAGUUGUCUAAAAUAAUUGAUAUCUAACACAAAAUUUAUAAUAAACAACGCAAUCCAACUAGAAGAGGAGCUAGGCAAGAGGAUGAGGAAGAUCUAUGUGUUAAAAUGUUUGAAUAAUAAAGUUAAUGA